GGAGAGGGAUCAGGACUUGGUGCUUCUCCUCUCCCCAUGUUAGCCUUGGGCCUCUGAUUGGUGUCAUCGCAUGCUUGAGUGUAUGUCCUAUGAUCUGCAUUCGCAUCGAGGGUUGAUCUCUCUCGUGCUGUGGCUCAGUCUCGGCCUUCCAUUCUCUUCCCCUCAUAACACUACUUCCUAUCCGCUCUCCCCCGCCAUAGGAAAUCAGGACCGGCCGUCAUCGUCGAAUUUGGGUUGAGAGAUGUCGUCCAAUUCUGGUCAGGUGCCCAAUUCUUCAAAAGUCGUGAAUAUUCCUAGCCAGUCCGUUUCCGCGGUAUUUUACUCAACUCCCUCGGUCGAUAGCGGUUCUCAGAGGCGGACUGGUGGCUCUGGUAGUUUCGGAGCGGGAUUGGCAGCGAGGAAUUCGAGUUCUCCAAGAAAUAACCAGGCUCUCAAGAGCCAUCACAAACGGCAGAGGCGACCUAGGUUGCUAGAUGAUGACGAGUACAGCGAAACUGCCGUCAUGAGAUCGACAACGAGUCGUAAAGGACAAACGUCCAUCACGCAUUUGAUGAACUUUUCCCUACCUCCACGCCCGCAAUACCAGCCGCCACCACGCAAUAGCCGUCGAUAUGCUUCGUGGGGAUUAGGCUCGGGUUACCAUGCUAUGGAUAAAGCUCGCUACGUGCACGCAAAUUACCGGUUUAUUGUGAAUCCCACUCGAAGUUAUCAUGCGCAGGCGGCGAAUGCCGAUGUUCAUCUGGAUUGGGAUUCCGUCUUGCAGGUCCUGGUCUCGGCGCAAACCCAAUCCACAAGCUGUCCCAUCUGUUUAUCUACGCCAGUAGCGCCUCGGAUGGCUCGGUGUGGUCACAUAUUCUGCCUACCAUGUCUGAUUCGCUAUAUGCACUCUACUGACGAUGACACCCCAGUUCCUGAGAAGAAGGCUCGGUGGAAGAAGUGCCCAAUUUGUUGGGACUCAAUCUACAUUUCAGAGACCCGACCUGUACGGUGGUUUCGUGGGCAAGAAGGAGAUAUCCCUGUCGAAGGUGGUGAUGUGGUACUACGUCUGGUGAAGCGAGAUCCAGGCAGUACCCUUGCUCUACCGCGCGACGGCGCAGAGAGUCUCAACCCCGGCGAGGAUGUUCCAUGGUACCAUGCAGCGGAGGUAGCUGACUACGCUCGAAUUAUGAAAGGUGGCGAAGAUUACAUGAUCGCUCAAUAUGAUGCAGAAGUGGAGGAUCUUCGAAGGCAGGAAGCUGAGGAUGAGCUUUUAUUUGGUGACGAUACUACGUGGACCAAAAAGGCUAUUGCCACCAUCAACGACGCCAAAGCAAAAAUUAAAGGAAUUGGGAAUCCACCCGACGUUGAGCGACAACCUGCUAUGGACAAGUCACUCAGGGAAGCCGUCCCGGCGGAGUCCCCACCUGAUGCUACUCAAACAGGGACCCCGUCGGCUGAGUCCAUGUCAUCGUCAGGCGUGGGCACUGGGGCUACUACUACUCCGGCUACGACCGGUGACGUAGACCGCGUGGCGGAGGCUGUGAGCAAAGUUCAAUUGAACUCGACUCCGGAAGCGAAGUUGAAACAGAAAGAUCCUGGGCCUCUUCCUCAAUUCUACCUGUCUCCAUUGGAUAUUCGCAUACUGAAGGCUGCUUUCGGAGAUUACGCUACAUUUCCAGCGACGAUACUUCCCCGCGUCGAGCGUAUCUCAAGCGGACAUAUCGUUGACGAUGAGCUCCGGAAGCGUGUCAAAUAUUUAAGCCAUCUUCCACAAGGAUGUGAGGUGAACUUCCUCGAAUGCGAUUGGAGAGAUGUGGUCGUCCCAGAAAUAUUGGAGCGCUUCAGCGCUGAGACUGGAAGAAGAAGGAAGCGGAACAAGGAGAAAGAGGCACGCGAAGAGAAGGAACGACUCCGCGCGGAGAAGGAAGAGGAGGAAAAACGCUGGGCCGCCGCACGCCGCAGGAGACCCAGCAUUGGCAUCAGUGAUCCACCGUUUUCAGGUCAAGAUUUCCAGCCAUUGUCCAAUGACCCUACGGCUGACGGCUUUCCGCCCUUCGACGCUGGCUCAUCGUCCGCAUCACCACCUCGGCUGUCCUCGCAGUUUGGCGCCUUAGCCUCACCGUCGACUACUCCUCCCGGAGUUCGUACUGUUUGGGGAACUACCGUCGCACCAUCAAUCUCAGAGUCGUCAGAAGUUCCCUCAAGACCCGCUCGCCACGACGGCUGGCGCGAGGACUGGGAAGAAGAAUUACUAGCUCACCAGGAAAGGCAGUUGUUGGCUCAGACGAGUCUGGAAGGAAACCAACCUUCUUCUGCUGGUGGUGGCGGACGCAAGAAAAAGAAUAAGAAGAUCACGCUCAUGUCAACCAACAUUCAGAGAGGAGCAUGA